GGUCUUAUCAGCACAGGGCUGUACAGUACAUUAUUGAUAUCGACUCGGCAGACGAUCGCCCCUGCAUAUCGACCCAAAUCCCACCAGCCAAGCCCACUUUCUGUCCCAAAGGUACGCGACGGGAUCCGCUUGGGAAAAUCCGGUACACGGAGCAUUUCAAAGCAACAAACCUGCUCAAUAUCACAUCCAUCUACCUUGAACACAAACACCCCUCUUUAUCAAAUCAUCCACAAUGUCCACCACCAACUCCAUCAAGCAAGCUGCCGAAGCAGCACGAAUUCGAACAUCAGAAGCAAUGGAAACCACCAAACGAUUUGCCGAAUCGGCCAAAGCAGACCCCAUUGCUGUUAAAAAUGACAUCCUCCAUACACCACUCAUGCGUGCCGCUCUCCCUUUCAUCAACGGCGGUCUCGCAGGCAUGACAGCCACCACCGUCAUCCAACCCAUCGACAUGAUCAAAGUACGUCUCCAACUCGCGGGCGAGGGAAUCCGCACAGGUCCCAAACCCACCCCUCUCUCCGUUACCCGCGAGAUUCUUGCAUCAGGCAAAGCUCUGGACCUCUACACCGGUCUCAGCGCAGGCCUCCUCCGCCAAGCCGUCUACACCACCGCCCGUCUUGGCUUCUUCGAUAGUUUCAUGACGACCCUCUCCGCUCGCUCAAAAGAAAACAAUACCACCAUCGGCUUCAAAGAACGCGCCGCAGCAGGUCUCACAGCUGGUGGCUUGGCAGCCAUGAUAGGCAAUCCUGCAGAUCUCGCUCUGAUCCGCAUGCAAUCCGAUGGAUUGAAACCUGUAGCUGAACGCAAAAAUUAUAAAUCCGUCAUCGAUGCUCUCACAUCCAUUACCAAAUCCGAAGGCAUCACAGCUCUCUGGGCGGGGUGCGCACCCACGGUGGUUCGAGCCAUGGCUCUGAAUUUCGGACAGCUGGCAUUUUUUUCCGAAGCCAAAUCACAACUCAAGACACGCACGGAAUGGAACCCCCGAACACAAACCCUGACCGCCUCAGCCGUCGCCGGCUUUUUCGCAAGUUUCUUCAGUCUGCCGUUUGAUUUUGUGAAGACGAGAUUGCAGAAACAGGGCAGAGGAAAAGAUCGGGUUUACAAAGGCAUGGCCGAUUGUUUUGUCAAGGUGGCCAAGGAAGAGGGCAUGAUGAGAUUUUACAGAGGCUUUGGGACGUAUUAUGUGAGGAUUGCUCCCCAUGCUAUGGUUACAUUGAUUGUGGCGGAUUGGUUGGGUUUUAUGACUAAGUAGAUGGGCGGGUGUGGCUGGGAUGGAGCGGAGUGGGAUGGAAAGAGGGAAGUGGGGCCCCGAUGUGUGAUGUUUGAAGACAUGGGUGAAUGAAUUUUUGAUAGCACUAUUUGAUGGAUGGAUGGGUUGAUUGAUUGUUUGGGGUGGAACUGAUGGAUGAAUGGAUAGGAUGGAGUUACA